UCUUUCCUUUGAAUUUCUGAUGAACAAAUAGUAGUAGUAAUACUUAUUAAACCAAUAAACAAAUAUUUUCCACCUUUUAUAUAGGAUAAAAUAAGUAGAAAAUCACUGGCUGCAUAACUUGUCCAAAGCACACAGUUUACCAGAUAUAGACACUGGUUUAUCACUCUUCACUAACUUUCACAAAUUCUACAUAAUUUCACACCUAUAAAUUCAGCCUCACUCCCAAAAACUCUAAGCAUCCAAUUCAUACAUCAAAAUUAAAACAGAAAAAACUGAGCUUUUUAGAAGAAAACUAAAAUGAGUUUAAGCAGAAGAGCAUGGAUAGUGGCAGCCAGUGUUGGAGCAAUUGAAGCCUUAAAAGAUCAAGUUGGAUUGUGUAGAUGGAAUUACCCAUUAAGGUGUUUGGCACAACACACAAAGAAUAACAUAACAUCUUACUCUCAAGCCAAAAAACUUUCUUCAUCACUAAUUGCAAACAAGGCAGAACAUUCUGAAGAAUCAUUAAGGACAGUUAUGUACUUGAGUUGUUGGGGUCCCAAUUGAUCUUAAUUUUUUUCCAGAAAUUUAUUGUAAUUUUUGUAAGGCUAUGAUUGUAAAUAGAAUGGAUUGCCAUUCCAUCUCGUGAGAAGCAUAUAUUUAUGAAAUGUUAAAUUGAGUGGCACACAUUACUUCAA